ACUCUUAUCUCACUUUAGAUUAUCUCACCUUUAUCAGCUGUUUCCAGCGUUUUGUGACCAGCCCUCUUGCGGACCUUGAGCGGGGGCACGUCGGGUUCACCGGGGUUUUUUUUUUUUCUUCCUCUAUAGCCAACAGGGAAAGAUGACGUUAAAAUCCAAUAAAAACGAACCCGCUGUCAUACUGGAGCCUGUGAACAGCGUCCGGACAGCCCUCUCCGACCUGUACCUGGAGCAGCUCCUCCAAAACAAACCAAAGUCUGACAAGACGACUGUGCAAACCUAUGAGAACAAAGGAGCAGACGUCUACACCAACGGCAGUGCCAAACACAUGAACAGCACAGAGCUGACCAAGAUGAAAGAAGUAGAAUUUGAGAAGAGUCCGUCCGAGCCAAUGGGGGUUACUCUGAAGCUGAACGACAAACAAAGGUGCACAGUGGCCAGAAUAUUGCACGGGGGAAUGAUCCAUAGACAAGGGUCCUUACAUGAAGGGGAUGAAAUAGCAGAAAUCAAUGGGAAAACUGUGACAAACCAAACAGUAGAUCAGCUACAAAAGAUUCUGAAAGAAACUCAUGGAGUCGUGACGAUGAAGAUCAUUCCCAACCUGCAGAGUCGAUCUCGAGCCUGUGAAAUGUUCAUGAGGGCCCAGUUUGACUAUGACCCCACCAAGGAUGACCUUAUCCCGUGCAAAGAAGCAGGUCUGAAGUUUCAAACCGGCGACAUCAUUCAGAUCAUCAACAAGCAGGACCCAAACUGGUGGCAGGGCCGAGUGGAGAGCGGUGCUGCAGACUUUGCUGGACUGAUCCCCUCCCCAGAGCUGCAGGAAUGGAGGGUGGCAAGUAAAAGCAAGGCCAGAGAGGGCAGCCAGUCCUGCAGCCCGUUUGGAAAGAAAAAGAAGUGCAAAGACAAGUACCUGGCUAAACACAGCUCCAUUUUUGACCAGCUGGAUGUCAUUUCUUAUGAGGAGGUUGUUCAGCUCCCUGCUUUUAACAGGAAAACACUGGUGCUUAUCGGUGCACCGGGUGUAGGAAGGAGCCAUAUUAAGAAUGCACUAUUGACCAAAUACCCAGAGAAGUUUUCCUACCCUGCCCCACACACCACCCGACCGCAGCGCAAGGACGAGGAGAACGGACAGGAGUAUUAUUUCAUCUCCAAUGACGCCAUGACCAAGUGCAUCUCCGGAAACGAGCUGCUGGAGUACGGCAGCUUCCAGGGAAACAUGUUUGGAACCAAAAUCGAGACCAUCCAGAAGAUCCAAGAGCAGGGCAAAAUCGCUGUGCUGGACAUAGAACCACAGACCUUGAAAGUCUUGCGGACUGCUGACUUUGCACCUCUUGUCGUGUUCAUCGCACCGACCACUACAGCUGCCCAGACAGAAAACCUUAUGAUGAUCCAGAAAGAGUCGGAAGCCAUCGCGGCCACAUACAGACAUUUCUUCGACGUGAUUCUCGUCAACAACGACGUGGACGAGAGUGUGAAAGGCGUGGAGGAGGCCAUGGAGCAGGCCACCUCCACCCCACAGUGGGUGCCUGUGUCGUGGGUGUACUGACAGACGUCAGUGUAACACCUUUUAGUAAAUGAAAAGCAGUGCAAUAUCACUCCUUACAUGAGUUUGUCCCAGGUGCGUGUGGGUUUACUUUUGGUUCGUGUUUAAUCGUCACAGACCGUUUUUUGCACCAAUGAAUCCAAAAAAAAAAAAAAAAAGCAAUAUUUAGAAAGAUUUAUUAAGAAGCGGAGAGCCUCACAGGGAAUGUUUAGUUUGGAUGUUUAGACGUUUUUGCUUCAGGUCUUUGAGUGGCUAAGGGAUCGUUUUGGUGCGGCACGUGCUUGUGAUUGUUGGAUUGUGAGUAAAUGCAAAAUAGGACCACAACUGUGAAUGAAAUCCUCACUUUGAAGUGUCCGGAUUUUACCAUUAAACCAUGAUUUCUGGAUUCAUCAUCUUUUUUUUUUUCUUUUUCUGUUUUUGCUUGACUGUGCCAUGAAAUUGAGAUUUUUUGAAACUGUGCGUACAUUAAGUGUAACUCCAUUCAACAAUAACACUGUCUACACAAAAUCUUUAGUGAGCCAUUGACAACCUCACGUCUCCUCUCAUCACACUGUAUACCUCAUGGGGUACUGUAAAGGCACUUUUAACAGAAAUAAAUUUCCCAACUCUG